UCGUUGGAGAGGGCCAACACCCACUGUACUCCAUAUAUAUUCUCAUCCUUAUGGUCGCUCUUCUUUUUUUGACUCUUCUUUCUUGUUUUCCAGUAUAGGCUUGUCCUUUUCUGCUUUCUCUUCUCUCCGGUCUGUGACCGUCACAUUCCUUUCUUGACCGUCCCUCUUUAUUUUACUUGUCCAGGUACUGGUAUACCUGGGAAGACACUUGAAAUUCAAUUCAAUUCAAUUCUACAAUCCUUCUUUUCAUCUUUUCCAUUCUCCCAGCCAUUCAAAAUGAAGUACUCUAGCGCUGUCUUGACCUUGAGCGGUCUUGUCACUCUCGUCCACGGCCAUGGUUUCGUUACCAGCCCUCAGGCCCGUAUGCCUGGCGCCGCCAUGGAGGCUGCCUGUGGCACGCAAAUCUACGAUAACCAGGAGGCCGACAACUACGGCAACAUUCAGGGCGAGCUGCAGGUGGCUGACAGCACUUACAACGCCACUGCCUGCGACAUCUGGCUCUGCAAGGGUUACAAGUACGAAGAUAACACCGACAACGUCUACACCUACUCUGCCGGCGAGGUGAUCCCCUUUGUCGUCGACAUCCGGGCCCCCCACACAGGCACCGCCAACGUCUCCAUCGUCAAGACAUCCACCGACACCAUGAUCAGCUCCAUUCUCAAGUACUGGUCUGUCUAUGCGUCAGUCUCGACCACGAUCCCUUACAACAACACCAACUUCAAUAUCACCAUGCCCGAUGACCUGGGCGACGAGUGUACCACCGGAGGUGAAUGUGUUAUCCAGUGGUUCUGGAACGCCGAGUCGAUCGACCAGACCUAUGAGUCCUGCAUUGACUUCACCCUCUCCGGGUCGGGCUCCUCCUCGUCCUCCUCCUCUUCAUCCUCCUCCGGCUCCUCCAGCGUCAGCGUCGCCUCCGCCGCUGCUUCCACCGUAGCGACCGAUGCAGUGGUUGCUUCUUCGGCCUCUCCUGCGGAUUCCGCUUCCACAACUGCUGCCGCUUCUGUUGAGAGCAUCUCUUCUGCCCCCGCUGCAGCUGCUGAACCGGCUACUUCUUCUGCUGCUGCUGUUGUUGUCUCUGUCGAUGCCUCGUCUGCUGCGGGUACUACUACUUCUGCUGCUGCUGUCAUCGUGCAAGCCAGCUCCUCCAGCUCUGCCAAAACCAAGCAUACCGCCUGCCCUGCCAGCAAGAACAAGAAGAAGAACAAGGCCUCUUCUACCGCCGCCCAGGCGUCUAGCACUCAACCCACCACCCUGGCGACGGUCGUCAAACAAGCCUAUACCACUUCUGCAGCCGCAGCCGCGGGGGCCUCUACACCUUCUGCUGAGGCCAGCUCGGGUUCCACCUCGGGUUCCACCUCCCCAAGCACGACCGUCAGCUCUAGUUCCAGCUCCAGCGGCUCGGCCGUCGCAAUGCCAACUGGCAGCCCUACCCAGAUGCUCACUUGGAUUUCGGCCCUUCUCAAAACCAUCCUGAACUACGACAACUGAUGUGUAGGGUAUGGUUGGGAAUUUUUCCCGGACAAUUUAUUGAGCAAGUUUCAACUUUGUAGAAGGAUUUUAAAGCCUUUAGUAAAAUACUUAUGAAACCACUCUCGUUGACUAGGGAUAUAUCUACAGCUUACUUAUAUCAUUGAGAAUAACUGAAACAGGAUACUGUUCAUUAAGGAAUGAAAAA